CGUGAUAUAACUGAUGAGUGAUUUACUAACAUCUUAUCUCCGACAGUUACUAAGUGAUGUUUAUCGAUCCUGUGUCUAAAGUUGAUCUCGAUUUGGCUCCUCCUUGUAACGUACAACCUCGCUGACGUCAUAUGAGGAAGUAAACAAAAGUCCAAACUAGCAGCGUCAGGUCGCGCCACUUCUUCUCCAACAUGUCGGUUUCAAACCCGAGGCAGACGUUUCUAAACCCGUCGAUCCCCUUCGCUGGGACCCUCCUGGGCGGUCUGCUGCCGGGGGAGAUGGUUCUCAUUCAGGGCUCGGUGCCGUCUAACGCCGACAGGUUCCAGGUGGACUUUACGUGCGGCAGCAGCGUGAAGCCGAGGGCCGACGUGGCGUUUCACUUCAACCCGAGGUUCAGGAAGUCUCCGUGCAUCGUCUGCAACUCGCUGCAGAAGGAGCGCUGGGGCCGAGAGGAGAUCCUGUACCAGAUGCCGUUUGCAGCCGGAGCCGCGUUCGAGCUCGUCAUCUUCAUCCUGAAGGACAAGUUCAAGGUGGCGGUAAACGGCGGCCACUUGUUGGAGUACAAACACCGGGUGGAGCUGGAGCUGGUCGACACUCUGCUCAUCUCGGGAAAGGUCAAAGUUCAAGCCGUGGGCAUCCUGCCGAGCGUGAGUGCCGCGCCUCCUCCAGCCGGUCUGAGCAGCACGGACGCACACGCCAACCCUGUGAAGUCUUCUUCAGGAGACUUGAGCGUCCCCUUCACCGGCGAGCUGCUGAGAGGACUGAAAGUGGGACGCAGCAUCACCAUCAAAGGAGAGACCAACCACAACGCAGACAGUUUCUGUGUGAACCUGAGGGUCUCGGGCAGCAGUGACAUCGCUCUUCAUCUGAACCCUCGUGUGAAGAAAGGCGUGCUGGUCAGGAACUCCUUCCUGUCAGGAUGCUGGGGCCCCGAGGAGGCGGAGCUCGACUCCUUCCCCUUCAGAGCGGGACAAUACUUUGAGAUGAUCGUCCUCUGUGACCUUCAUCACUUUAAAGUAGCCGUUAACGGGCUCCACCAGCUGGACUACAAACACCGGGUCCAGGACCUGAUCCGGAUCAGCCAGCUGGAGGUUCAGGGAGACGUGAGGCUGCUGGAUGUGCAGAUCCUCUGAACGCACCGCGGCGUGCAGAUCCUCUGAACGCACCGCGGCGUGCAGAUCCUCUGAACGCACCGCGGCGUGCAGAUCCUCUGAACGCACCGCGGCGUGCAGAUCCUCUGAACGCACCGCGGCGUGCAGAUCCUCUGAACGCACCGCGGCGUGCAGAUCCUCUGAACGCACCGCGGCGUGCAGAUCCUCUGAACGCACCGCGGCGUGCAGAUCCUCUGAACGCACCGCGGCGUGCAGAUCCUCUGAACGCACCGCGGCGUGCAGAUCCUCUGAACGCACCGCGGCGUGCUGCUCACACUUUAUAUCACUAACAUGAGAACGUGUUACACUUUGUAUCAGACGGUUAAUCAUCCACAGUAACCACGAGCUCGUCUUCUGUUUGUGAUUCUAUUAACUGAUUAUAACAGAGGAGAAAACAGAGAGCAUCAUGGGAGAAAACAGAGAGCAUCAUGGGAGUGUUGAUGAAUAUUUGUACUUGUAUAAAAUAAAGAAACAACUGAAGCUGG